AUGCAAGCUGAUGACAUUAAAAAUGUGUGCCAACUUAAUAAUGAACAUAUUAAUAUUAAUAAUCAGAAUUUAUUGCACAAUAUAAAUAUUAAAGAUAAUAACAACGAUCAAAAUAAUGAGGAUACCAAUAUUCAGGAAAUCGACGAUAAGAAAAGAAUUAAUAAGAAUUUACUACGUGAUACUAUGGAUAUUGACAAUGAUAGGCGCGAAACUGUGGAUAUUCAAAAUAUUGAUAACAAUCUAAAGAAUUUUCCAAAUCCAUACAUUCUUAUUACAAAGAAAGCUCCAUCAGCAAAUUAUUCAAAAGCUUCAGAUUCUUUAGAUUCGACUUCAGAAGUUUCAGAUUUGGCUUCAGAAGCUUCAAAUUUUUUAGAUUCGAUUUCAGAAGUAAACAGCCUGCCAACAAAUAUCUCAUCAAAAAAUAAUAAUCUAUCAGAAAAAAGCAGUUAUCAGAUUAAUGACAAGAUUAACGAGAAAGAAAAUGAAAUUAUUUCUGAUGAGAACACUCGAUAUCCAAUUGUUCUGAUAGAGAACAUUGAAGCACCAAAUUAUAAACAAAUAAGAAUUUUAAAAUUGAAACGUAAAUCUGAUUAUGAUAGUAGAGAGCAAGAUAAAGGCAAACAAAAGGAACUACCUGAAUUAAGUUCUGAUUCUGAUGAAUUAGAUGUUAAAAAGGCUCUUAAUAAAAAGAAAAAAUUAUCUUGCGAUAGUAGAGUGCAAGACAAAGGCAAACAAAAGAAACUACCUGGAUCAAGUUCUGAUUCUGAUGAAUUAGAAGUUAAAAAAGCUCCUAAUAAAAAGAAAAAAUUAUCUUGCGAUCCAAAAGAUCUACAAGGAAUAUUCACACAACAUAUCGAUUUUAAUGAAGUUUCAACACCAGUAUCAUUAGAUCCAUUACCAAAACAUUUACAAAAUGUUACAAAUAUUAUACUAAGUGAAUUGAUCGAAGCCAAGUUAAUGGCAAAAUAUUUUUGUAAUGCAACUGAAAAUGAAUACAAUAUUCUAAUUCAAGCAUUAUUAGGAGAUCCAAAAUUUCCAAAAUUUUUUAACCUAAAAGAUAAAGAUGUAUUCAUAUUAGCUAAUAUUGCUGAGAAACUUUAUUAA